CCGCUCGUCUCGCCUGCUCUGCCGGGAGGCUGGCGCGCCCGCGGGGGGUCCCUCCAAGAUGGCGGCGCAGAGGAGGAGUGUACUGCAAAGUGAGCAGCAGCCAAGCUGGACAGAUGACCUGCCGCUCUGCCACCUCUCUGGGGUUGGCUCUGCCUCCAACCGCAGCUACUCCGCCGAUGGCCAGGGCACGGAGAGCCAUCCGCCUGAGGACAGCUGGCUCAAGUUCAGGAGUGAGAACAACUGCUUUCUCUAUGGAGUUUUCAACGGCUACGAUGGCAACCGGGUGACCAGCUUCGUGGCCCAGCGGCUGUCGGCAGAGCUCCUGCUGGGCCAGCUCAGCGCAGAGCACACGGAGGCUGAUGUCCGACGGGUGCUGCUGCAGGCCUUCGAUGUGGUGGAGCGGAGCUUCCUGGAGUCCAUCGACGACGCUCUGGCUGAGAAGGCCAGCCUCCAAUCUCAGCUGCCUGAGGGCGUCCCCCAGCACCAGCUGCCCCCUCAGUAUCAGAAGAUCCUCGAGAGGCUCAGGACGUUGGAGAGGGAGAUUUCCGGAGGGGCCAUGGCCGUGGUGGCGGUCCUUCUCAACAGCAGGCUUUAUGUGGCCAACGUCGGUACGAACCGGGCGCUGUUAUGCAAGUCGACGGUGGACGGGCUGCAGGUGACGCAGCUGAAUGUGGACCACACCACGGAGAACGAGGACGAGCUCUUCCGCCUCUCGCAGCUGGGUUUGGACGCAGGAAAGAUCAAGCAAGUGGGGAUCAUCUGUGGGCAGGAGAGCACCAGGCGUAUCGGGGACUACAAGGUCAAGUACGGCUACACUGACAUUGAACUACUCAGCGCUGCCAAGUCCAAACCCAUCAUCGCAGAGCCCGAAGUGCAUGGGGGCCAGCCCCUGGACGGGGUCACCGGCUUCCUGGUGCUCAUGUCUGAGGGGCUCUACAAGGCGCUCGAAGCAGCCCACGGGCCGGGGCAGGCCAACCAGGAGAUCGCAGCCAUGAUCGACACUGAGUUCGCCAAGCAGACCUCCCUGGACGCCGUGGCCCAGGCCGUGGUGGACCGCGUGAAGCGUAUCCACAGCGACACCUUCGCCAGUGGUGGCGAGCGUGCCAAGUUCUGCCCGCGGCAUGAGGACAUGACCCUGCUGGUGAGGAACUUUGGCUACCCACUGGGCGAAAUGAGCCAGUCCACACCGACCCCGUCCCCAGCUGCAGGAGGCCGAGUGUACCCCGUGUCCGUGCCCUACUCCAGCGCUCAGAGCACCAGCAAGACCAGCGUGACGCUGUCACUCGUCAUGCCCUCCCAGGGCCAGAUGGUCAACGGGGCCCACAGCGCGUCCACCCUUGACGAAGCCACACCCACCCUCACCAACCAGAGCCCGACCCUGACCCUGCAGUCCACCAACACGCACACCCAGAGCAGUAGCUCCAGCUCAGAUGGAGGCCUCUUCCGCUCACGGCCAGCUCACUCCCUCCCACCGGGUGAAGACGGCCGAGUGGAGCCUUACGUGGACUUUGCAGAGUUUUAUCGCCUCUGGAGCGUGGACCACGGUGAACAGAGCGUGAUGACAGCUCCGUAGCUCCAACGGACAGCACAGCCUGCCCUGGACCUUGCAAGG